CCCAGAAGCGGCCUCUGUUGUGGGCUAAUGAAGAGGGGAGGCGUGUUAAGAGGAAGGAUCAUCAUUUUAACAGACGAGUCAAGUUCCUCCUUUCACAGUAAAGACGGAAGAGAGCGGCGUUCAACCAUCACAGCCUCCAACAUGAGAGUCCAGCCAACUUUGAUCUGCUCUUUCUUCUUCCUCAGUGAGUGCCUCCUGUUUUUAUUUCACUCUUUUUACUGCAAAUAUAUUUUUUACCAUUUCUCCAAAGUUUUCAUGCUCAGUAGAAGCUGAUAUGUCAGAGUUACAGUUUUCUGUCACAUCUCACAUAAAAAAAAAAAAGACGUGGUGCUUUUCUGUGGUUAGACAGUAUCUGCACUCUGGAUGAAAUUGAGGAAACUGAAUGUUAGGGUAAUUUUACAGCCGACUCUGCAGACUAAAAACAACCUUACAACUGCUUCAACUCAGUUUCCUUGUUCCUUCUUAUUUCUUUCUGCUCAGUUUCUAAUAAUCGGACACAUUCAACUUCUUUCGCAUGCUAAAUUUGUUACAUAACGGAUGUAGGGGUGUUGGACGCAGCCUUUUAGCCCGAGUCUUGCAGUGCAGUUGACAAUGCGAAGCAGGAAUGUAAGGAUAAUACCAGAAAUCACAAUAACAGCGAGGUUUGUGAUUAUCUGCAGGACACAACAGACUCCUCAUGUUCAGGGUUGAUGUCUUUAGUCUCACAGAUGAUCAUAAUAUGUGUCUGACCAUGUCAAUACUACUUCUACCUUCAGCUGAACAGGCUGUUUUUAUUUCAGAUUCAAAAAAGGUGCACCGGUGCAUCUUAAAAACUCAGAAUAUCAUGAAAAGGUUCAACAGUUUUUAUCGGUUUUCCAAGAAUGUUUUAUAAUUUAAGUCCUUCACCUAAUACACAUAAAGUUAGAGCUCCCAUGUGCUGGUUAGACCUCCAUGGAGAAGACUGUCCUUUUAUGAUAUCUAAAUGCAAACAAGAGCAUGAGCAACAUUAUUCAGACUGAGUCAGGGUCAAAAGGGAAACAUAGUAUGAAAAUUUAUUCAGUACAAUAAAAUUUACAUAGACAAAUUCAAACUGAGAAUCCUCGACACAUGCAAAAGUUACACCGCUAACUUUUCUAAGUAACCUCACCUUAGAGACUCGGUGUCAGUCGUCUCCUCAAUGAAAGGUUGGUAGUUUGAUUCCCACACGCUAAAAUGUCCUAGAAGAACCUAGAAGAAGAAGAAGAAGAAGAAAGUUAUUGUCAUUGUCAGUGUGACCGUUUCACUUGCGUUUGUGACUAAAAAUAGUUGUGUGUGAAACCAAGGCAACAAAUGUUUUUCCUGUAAAUAGGGCGGUGAAGUUAGUUUUAGGUUGGAUAUAUUUUCCUGUAAAUACAGCGGUGAAGUUAGUUUUAGGUUGGAUAUAUUCUCCUGUAAAUACGGCGGUGAAGUUAGUUUCAGGUUGGAUAUAUUUUCCUGUAAAUACGGCGGUGAAGUUAGUUUCAGGUUGGAUAUAUUUUCCUGUAAAUACGGCGGUGAAGUUAGUUUCAGGUUGGAUAUCUGACGGACAUUCUCUGAGGAUCUACCGGUGUCUUCUCUCUCUCCAUAACCGGGAAUAACAACAGCAGCGCGGUUAAAUCUACUCGACACCCUCACUGUCAACGUCGGUGUUGAAUAAGGGACCAUCAAUAAAUUACUGGUUGAUGUUCUCAGAAAAGGCUGUUUUCCUUCAAUAGCUUCAAUGUCAUGUGACCAAAAGACCUAAAAUUGAUUUCAAAUAAUCGUACUAAGAUCGGAAAAUAAGACACACCUCUUUAUUUCACAAUUUUUUCCUCUAAAAAAUUUAUUGUGUUAAAUUCAAAGGCAAAUUUUGAACAUUUUCCUCAAUAGCUUCAAUGUCAUGUGACCAAAAGACCUAAAAUUGAUUUAAAAUAAUCGUACUAAGGUUAGAUGAUACGACAAACAUUAUUUGAUCAAUUUUCAUUGUGUCCCUAGUUCUUGGUGUGCUCUUUACUUUUUCAACUUAGGAGGAGAACAUGUGCUACCUGUGAAAAAAGUUAGUGUCGAGUCCUGAUUGUACAAGAAUACAACGAAAUUUUGUUUGGCAGCAAAUAUAACUAAGCAAAAUGAUUGGACACUUCCUAUUGUGUCUUCUACCAUUGGUGUAUUAAAGGAGUAUCAUGUGUUUUUUUUCAGACUCUAUAUUUGAUCUCUGAUUCCACUUUAAUAUCUUCAUGUGAUUUCCAGAUUUAAAAAAAACCUAAAACGUUAUUAUUUCAGUCUCCAUCUAAAAUGCUUUGUUUUAGCUGUUUAACCCCCUCCCCCUCUUCCCUCUGAUUGGCCACCUCUUCAGGGAGGUUUUUGUCGAAGCUGGCUUAAAGAGACAGCAGCUAAAAUGAAGCUUUUAAUUAGAGGCUGAAAAAUUAAUGUUUUAAUACCACAGAGUAGGAAACAAGAGUUUUUUUUUUUCAUGAUUUUCAGAAAAUCAUGUAAAGAUACUAAAGAGAUAUCAGAGAGGAAAUACAGAGUCUGAAAAAAGUACAACAGCCCGUCUUUAAAAGGCCAACAGUCCUGCAGACAUAAACAGCAGACUGGAGAAGAACAUUAAAAACUUUUAAAUCUCAGAUUGGAUUGAUUAGAUUGAUUAUAACCUCCAGCCUCCACAGACUGUUUGAGGCUCCUGAAAAGAGCUGAAAAUGACUCUGUGAUUGUUGAUCUUUUCCACAGUGCUGAAGGAUGGAGUCACAGCUCUCUUUGAAGAAGAUAUCGGUGUUCGUUAUGGAACUGAAGGAGAAGACAUCACAGUUAGAUGCAACUUCAAAAUCUCAGGAAAAAGGAGAAUCUUCUGUAGGAAUAAAUGUGGAGAUGGAGACAUUCUUAUUGAAACAACAAAUAACAGCCGUCAUCAAGGCAGAUACAGCAUUGAAUAUUAUGAAAGAGGUUUAAUUGGCCCUGCACAGAUCAAUGUGAGCAUCACAAAUCUGAGAAAGUCUGACUCUGGACGGUACAGCUGUUGGUUGGACCGAAGAUUGUCUCUAGAUUCAAAAGAAACAUUUCAGCUCAACGUCAGAAAUGGUGAGAUUCUUCUCCUCAUUGAUGUUUACCAGUGUUUCAUAAAACCCAGUAUUUUACUCAGUGAUGAAGACAGCUGCAUGUUUUCUUCAUAAUGAACUCUGAUAAACUCUUCAGACCUACAGCUUAUUUUUGAAACAGUAUUUAAAUAAAAAAAGUGAGUGUGAUUGUGUGAUGUGACCCUAAAAAUCGAUUAGAAAUGAGUUGAGUCUCUGAUUGUUUGAUCAUGUUCGACAGCUCGAACCACUCGUAAACCAAACAGGACUAACCCCACUGUUUCAUCAUCCACCUCAUCAGCCUCCACAACGACAACAACGACAACAACAAAGACAACAACGACAACAACAAAGACAACAACGAUCCAGAGCGUGAACUCCAGCACAGAAAACACCACAACUCCUCUUGGGCAGAAAUCUUCUUCAAGUCGGUUCAUCUUCAUGUAUUUCAGAUUUCAAAAACAUGAAAAUAAAUAACAUGUAUCUUUGUUGAGAGUGUGUGAAGUCGUCACUCAGGUUAUCUUUUCAAAAUUCAUUCAUAUUUCACUGCAAACAAACUCACACCUCUUCAACAAUCUAAUCUUGUGCACAAACACCUUCAGAUCCUCUGCUGUAUCUGGGUCUGCUCCUGCUCCUCCUGAUCAUCAUACUCUCGCUGAUUCUGCUGAUUUACUACAAGAAGAGGGCCCCCAAACCCAAAAAUGAGGCUACAGGUGAAACACACACACACACACACACACACAAAAACACAACAGCCCUGACAGAAACGCCAUUUUCUAUUUUCUUAAAUCUGGAGAACUUUAGAUUUAGCGAUCCAGGGGAAGCUACCUCAUGAUGGAGCUCAGAGACUCCCAGAAAAGCUGUUUUUUUAUUGACUCUAAUGGGAAAUGAUGAUUCAAAGUUAUUGUUACUGACAGAAGGAGGAUGUAGAUGGAGAGAAAGGAGCUCAAUGUACCAGGAAUCCUAAAGUCUAAGCCUAAAGCAGCAUAACUUAAAGGGAUAUUCCAGAACGCCACACUAUAGCCACAAAUAAUGCUCAGAACAGCACCUAACUUCAUCAACAGGACAUAUAGGGUCACAGACAUAGUACUAGACACCAAACAUCUUUUUAACUUUGACUCAUUUCUUUAGCUAAGAGACUAAACACAACUCACCUACUCUCUUCCAGCAGACGCUUGUUUGUAGUGAGACCUCAGGCCAGUCCAUUACAGACUACAGCGGGGUGCCGCAGCUCAAGGAAGAGCAUUUAUGAUUAUUUCUUUAUCAUUUACUUGACGUAAUAAUCAUCAUAUUAAUCAUUUUUCACUGCAGACGCGGUAGUUCUUCUGCUUUAGCGUCUCAGUCUGAUUGUAUUUCCACAAUGAUCAUAAAUGUUCUUCCUUGAGCUGAGUCACCCCGCUGUAGUCCAUAAUGGACUGGUAUGAGGUCUCGCUACAAACAAGCGUCUGCUUGAAGAGAGUAGGUGAGUUGUGUUUAGUCUCUUUGCUAAAGAAAUUAGUCAAAGUUAAAAAGAUGUUUGGUGUCUAGUACUAUGUCUGUGACCCUAUAUGUCCUGUUGAUGAAGUUAGGUGCUGUUCUGAGCAUUAUUUGUGGCUAUAGAGUGGCGUUUUGGUUGAGGUUUGUUGUGAGGUUUGUUGUGUAUUACUAUCGCGCGGUCGUUACGAAAGUUAGUCUAACUAGAGAAGCAAGCGGUCGGCAGCAUUCAUCUCUCUUAAGGGAGUGUCUAACUGUAAGCUUUAUAUAUGAAGAGAGAAUACCCACCUAACAGUUAAAAAGUCUUAGCAUUAAUUCAUUUUUCGGACAUCCUUCACUCAUGAAAAGGAAACCUCUUUAUUUCUCACUAAGUUUAACACAACCUACUCCCCCCCACCCGCCUCAGGUAAAUCUUGUUUUAGUUGAUAUGAUAAAGAUUUGGUGAUCACCUGACCACCUAUUGAUCAAAGCUGAGCUGUUAGAUUAUGUGCAUCAGAAAGUUUGUUUUCUGUUGUUCAAUAAUGAAAAUUAAGUCUCUGAUAAAAACUGCAUAUUUUAGUCAUCUUAGACCUUCUCCAAUCGGUGGAUAUGUUUAAUUUAAAUGUUCUCAGUUCUCAUGGUUCUAGUCUACGAGGUCAAAAUAAGUUUAUGCACCCAUCUAUGAACCCUAUAGAGCCUGUAUCCGUCUGUGUGGUAUUUCUUUGAAUAACAUCCAGCAGACGUUAAAACAUCUUCAAAAACCCUCUUAUCAGAUGACUUCCUCUUUCUCACCUCACACCCUUUUUUUUCUUUUUCAAAAGCCGAUGAUAGAAGCAGCUGUUCAGUGAGAAAUCUCACUUCCUCUAUCUUUCAUCUGAUGGUUAAAAAUACACAGAAAAAGUUAGAUGUGAGUCAUAAAGCAACAGUAUCGCAAACACACCCGAAAACAAACGGAGCAGUCUCGAUUCCUCCAAACAGGUCUUUUUGGUGUACCGCAGGGCUGUGUCCUCGGCCUCUUUCUAUUUUGUUUUAAUUUAUGUGAUAUUCUCCUUUUUCAUCCAGAUUCAGGAUUAUGUCUUUUGCAAGUAUCUUGGAUCGUAUUAUGAUAUUUCUCUCCAGAAUUCUUGAAUUGUGAGAGAAAUAAGUCGAGAAAAAACACAAAGUAGAUUUAAAAAAGCAGCUCACAUGAGCCUCCACCUCCAACGUCCUCUCUCAAUUUCUGUGUGUCUCUUUUGUGUGAUUUAACUCUCUAAACCGUUUCAUCUUCAGGACGUCCUGUUGAAACAGACUACGCUGAUGUUUCAGAGGUAAGUCGGAGUGACUCAGCGAUUUAAAGGAAAUGAUCGUAGAAAAAGACACGAAACAGAGACAUUUUUCGCUCUUCCUGCAGACCAACCGGGACUAUGAGGAGAUACGGGAGGAGGACAGACCAGUUUUCACAGUUUACGCAUGUGCCAAAUUUUCCAAACCAAAUGGGGUUGAAAUCACGGAUGACUACAGCCUGCUCUCUGCUGCGGAAUCUCAGAACAAGGUGAGGAAAUGUUGAAGCAGAGAGACGAUCUUUUUCAUUUUCAUCUUUACUGAAAUGUUAGGUAGAGGAAAUAUCUUCGCAGCAGAAAGAGAGAGGCUUUUCCUCACAUCUGUGGUUUAGAUGGGGUUUUAUUGGCUUUCACAAUAAAAAUGAAACAAGAACUUGGUUAUUUUGUGCUCUUACCUCAGGCCUCCAGUAACUGUUGCACCAGGAAGGAAGCCUGCGUGUUAAAAAAAGAGAAGGAAGUUACUCUGAAAUGUAGAUACUUAUCUGGCUGAUAAGAAUUUAAGUCAUAAAUUAUGUGACUCUAAAUCUCAAAAAAGCGAGAUUUUACUGCAUAUUAAAGAGAAGUUCACUCUGGUGAUUUUUCUAAGGGGUUGAAAGCGAAGUAAAAACAGCCAACGACUGCAGUUCUUCAAAUGGCCACUAGAGGACGUUAGCUUCACCCCAAACAGAGACCUCUGGUAUUGAAGACUGAAGGAGAGCUCCCCUAGUGUCUACUUAAGAUCAUCCUCACAGCAGAAAUCAACAUUUUAAAAACCCUGAUUUGGCAUUAAUGACCCUCAAAGAGUCUCUGAGACACGAAAGGAGGAAACUGCUGCGAAAGUUUGUCAAACUCUCAAGAACUUUUCAGGUUUCCUCCAACAUGGAACCACAGGCACCUCAGUACGUUAUUAUUAUAGUUAUUAUUAAUAAUGGUUUGAGCAAAAGGAUUAAUUAAAGGUGGGUUAGGCAGGAUUCUGUUAAAGAAACAUCUUUUUUUUUGGUGUAUAAACAAAAAAUCUUUUAAUAUCAGUCAAUAGUUAUUAGUAAUUGAUGACAUUUGGUAAUAUCACGAUAUCGCUGUGUUUUGUUAUGUCUGAGCGGUCCGCUCUUUCUGACUGUAAACAAAGCCGUUCUCCACCUCCUCUAACCUGAUUGGUUGUGAGGCAGACGCUGCUCCCCCGUGUCGUUCAGGAGCCCAAACAAAGUUAGCGUGCUACAAUAUCGGACAGUAGAAACCAACCAGGAAGUUCGGAAAAUUGUCUGAAUCCUCCUUUGGCCACGACUGCCGACACAAGCAAGAAAACAAAGUAAAUACCGGAGACUCUGGAGGAAUAACGGGCGCUUAAAACGGAGGUAGACCGGACAAGAGCUAAAAAGCCGGGUCAACAUAAACGAUGGGGGACGCUUGGGGAUCUUGGUGACCCUGUAACCUUUCUGCUGGACAGGUAAACCGCUUUAACAAAGUAAGACAAGUGUCUGUAACAGAAGUGUUUCUUGUCAAACGGACCUGCUGUAGCGUGUUGUAGCGCCAUCGCUAAACUGUCCUCCCUCAGGUCCUGGACUAUGUCACUUUAUCCUCGUUGUAGAAGUCCUGCAAACAUUGUGUUUGCUGGUAGUCUGUUGGCAUCUACAGUAGCACCAAUGCUUUUGACUUUCACCUUGACUGGGCCCCAUUUGUAAUGAUCUGAAGUAUUUAUCUGCAUUAUAUCUGAAUUUAAUCGGAACGAUACGAGCGAGCAGGAGCGUUUGUUUGUGGGCGGGGCUUGAGAGGAGGAGCUGAGGGGAAAACUGGUUGGGAGGGGUAGAGUUUACAUUCAAGAUUUCUCCUAAAAACUGGAACUUCCUCAGAUCCUGACUACACCACCUUUAAGGGGUCCUGAUGGCAACGCUCGACCUCCUUCAAAAAUCGUUGACCUCUGACCUCUUUGUUUUCUUCCAGACUGGAGACGACUCGAAUAAACUCCUCUACACCACUGUGGAUUUCUCCAACAGUCCGGCUGCCUCGCUCACCAGCGCCCCCUCCAGAGAGCCAAAGAACGUCAUCUACUCUGUUCCUCGCGUUCCUCACGCCACCUCAGAAGACGCCGAUCCUCCUCUCUACUCUACUGUGACUCCACAUUAGCUUUAGCUUUGACGCCGUUGAGCUAACAUUUACUCUCUCAGGGACAGACGGGUGAACUCCGAACGGUUUGAGAGACACUUUAGGGUUUGAGGCAUAAAUACUCUGAAGCAUUACAAACAAAAGCUUUAAGUUAGAGCUACUUUUAUCUUAUAUUUUACGUUGAGCUUGUUUUGAAUAUUUCUAAGAAUUCAAUGUAUUAAUAAUUAAAGUUUUUCUGCAUUAAUUCUUUAACAACGAGUAAGAAAAUGGGAUCUAAUCUGAGGUCAAAACAGACUUCAUUGUUAAAAUAAAUGACUAAGAACUGAUUUUGACUGAGUCAAAGCCGUGUCGCGUUCAAGGCUCUUCACCUGCAGGAUGGAUACCGAAUUUUUGACACAGCGGUUAAAGUCAAAUUGAUCAGCGAUAAUCACGCCAAAAAAGAUGAUGAGUUCAAAGUUUGACUUCCUGUUUAUGAGGGAAAAGGUUGUCUGCAAGAGGUAAAACAAAAGUUCAGACUUGACCAAAUAGAUGAUGAAGAUCCAAUUUUGUCCCUUUACUUUAAAGUGAUCUUGAAGUCAACAGUUAAAAAUAUAUUGAAGUAAUAAAAUGUUAAAAGCUGAACAAAGGUGAGAUGUUUCUAUAAGCUAUUUUGUGUUUAUUGCUGAAGUGUAAAUUAUUUGAUUUCAGCUGGAUUACGUAUUUAUUCAGGACUUUGUUUUUAUGAUUAUUGUUAAUGUGGUCCGCCUGGUUAUUAUGAGAACAACAGCCUGUAAAACUGAGACUUCAGAUUCAAACUUCUGAUGAUUUGAUGUUACAGUCGAUUUUCUGUGUUCAGAGAUAUGAAACUUAAAGCUCCAGUAAGGAGUUUCUACUGUAAAUAAACAGACUGGAAUAAACACUCAUGUCUUCAGUAUCAGUCUGUCUGUGGUGUUUUUGCAUUAAGGUGCUGUGAGACACCAGAGGGCGCUGCUGUGCAGAAGGUGAGUAUUGGCUUUUCUGCUUUUGACACGAUAAUAUUCAUCUUUGUUUACUUCAUGAAGUGUUUUCAGUUUUUAAAAUACCAAAGAUGAUUUCACUUCGCCCACAAGGGGGCGCCAAAUGCAACAUAAACAGAAUUUUCCUUAAGGGAGCUUUAUUUUCAAAACAUCAUGUUAUUAAUUAAUUUAUAUUUAACAAACCUUACUUAAGUUUGGUCAAAGAAGCAGACUGAGCUC